GACGCCACGCGGCUGGUAGGUGGGCUUUUCCCGAAAGCGUGCGAAUAGUCGUGAGGCGAAGCCGACGUUCACUUAAUGCGUUCACUUUGACGCUCGCAACGUGAUCAGCGUGGUCGCCGAAGUUCUGAGAAGGCUCGCUCAUCUAGUCAACACCUUCAAGUUAUUGUUGGGGCGUUACCUGAACUCAGUAAUGUUUCGCGAAGUCGUUUACCUCGGGGUGGUCUUGGUCUCCGCGAGUUGCUUAGCCGGGGCCCACAGCGGUAACAAGUACAGCGAAGCCAUGAACAAAGUUGGGCCACCUCCCCCCGCUAACGCCGAGAAAAAACCGUUUCGAAUGCACAAGCUCAACUUGAUUUGGGAGAAGGCACAGAAGAGGCUAAGUGACGCCAAGAUGAAGGGCCUCUAUGCCGACCUCAAAGUACAAGACAAAGAAGAGCUUGCCUGGAAGAAAAUGGCGGGACAGGACAAGGAAGGCCUCAAGGAGGCUGAACUCCGAAGCAAGCUCAAAGCGAUCGUGGACAAGUUUGACCUGUCCGACCAGUUCAAGCACCACCAAGAGGAGCCACCCGAACACCCGAACGUGGCUCGCAAAGAAGGCUACAUGUUCCGGGACAAGAAGCUCAACAAGCUCUGGAUGAAAGUGCAAAAGGCGGGCCUUAGUGAUCAAGAGCUGCGCACACUCAAGGAAGAAUUCCAACACCAUCAAGACAAGAUUGACCAGUUCUAUGCAACACAGGACAAAAAUGAGAAGGACUUGGCCAACGACGUGGAGCUGAACAUGCUGAGCGAGGAGGAGCGGCAGAAUGGUCUCCUGUCGGGAGACUUGGAGAAGCAGGGCCACGAGGCCCUGCUCGAGUCGUACCGCAAGCUCAACAUCCGAGCCGAGGAGGCCUGGAAGCGCAAGGGCGGCUUCGCUGAGGACAAAGUGCAGCGGCUGUGGAAGCUCGCGCAGCAGGGAGACUUCUCGCCCGCGGAACUAGAAUCUCUCAAGGAGGAGCUUCAACACUACGAGCAUAGGAUACGGAAGCUGGGUCACUUUCAGACCGAACUGGAACAGCAUGGUGUUGACCCAAAGGCAUCGCCAGACGAGGACCACGUCAAAACUCUCAAGCAACGUAUCAAGCAAUACAGCCACAAGGUCAACAAGGUACACCAGGAUCUGGAAGGACGCAUCCUUCAGCGACAUCUGGAACUCUAAAAUCUCUCUAAGGCUGUGCUUGGACCAAAGGGGUUCCUUUCAGGAAGGCGUUUCGCCAGUGUGACUUCCAAAGCCAAAACCGGUGCCUUCACGAUAAUCUGCUGGCGCGCAUUCGUCUCUGAAGCCGUCGUGCCCUUCGUAUUCGCAUACUCUUAAUGCUACUCACUGAAGUGUUCCAUGAACUUGAGCGUGACUAGAACAGUGCCACCUUUUGGCCAAACAUUACCUUAUCUGGUAGAAGUCAUGAACGAUGUUGUUAUCAAAAUGUUCUUGUGAAUUUUUCAAUUGCUUUCAGGUACACACUGGGAGGGACACUACGAAGCAAAUAACUAGAACAAGAACGAAGUUCUAGCGGGCUACAAAGUAUUGCAUAAAUAGCAAGAGUUUCACGUAGACAUUACUUAUUCCGUGAAGCUUGCCGGCUGUUCGCCGAUCAAGUUUUAAUUUGAACAGAGAAUGAAGGUGUUGCACAGUGCAUUCUCAAAUGUAGUUGAGUUGCGAUGAGCACUUAAUUUAAUAAACGCGAUUGGCCGCUUUCUGCAACAUUGACAGGAGCCAAUCACGGCCAUGAAAUUGGCACUCUAUUGGAGCUCGAUCACAAGUAAAAGUGUCAAGGUGACACCUGUAUCAGAGGAGCAGCAGAUUCAAAAAGUUAAUUUAGGUUGAUGUGUAAGAGUAGUUCAAGCGAUUGUUCUUAACAAGUUCUGGCGAUGCAAGACGAGAUUGGCAAUGCUGAAGUGUGGUGAACGUUACGGUUAAGGUUUGGUUCUAGCUGUUACUUUCAGAGUGGAGUAUUGAGCACUGGAAAUUGUACAGAUGAAGUAUUUUCAUAUUUACCGUCGGUGAUGCAAUGGAAGAAAUUAGAGGUAGUUAAUACCUGCAUAGACUCCUGUAAUGUUUUCUCUUUACAGCUUGUCUUAAGCCUAAGCUCGGCCGGUCAACAACUGCGAGGGCGCAGAUACUUAGUCAUGUUUGUACGGUGCAUUGCUCGGUGUUUAAAGCUUGCAUCUCAUCGUGCGUUCUUUUUUUCAAUGCAAGAAACUUUGUACGUGUUCUCGUAGGUGUCAAAGAACUAAGCAUUUGUGUGAGCAUACUUUGUCCACAUUCUGCUGGCAUUUGUUUUUUGAGUGUUUGUUAUUCCUUCAAAUAAAUUAUACUGUCUGUUUUUCUACAUUUUUCAUA